AUGGGAUUUAUUAAAGAGAUCGUUUACUGUGUCACCUUGCUUGGUGUACAAUCUGGGGGGUUAAGAUUUUGGGCCAAAGCCAUCGUCGCCUUCCUGGGCUCGGUGCUACUCAUUGCCACUCUCGCCCUGGCAGGUCUUCUGCGCGAGGACAAUGAAUAUGGUCUUCGGGAUAAGUUGGAUCGAUUUCUCCGUUCCCAGAACAAAGAUCCAGCCAGAUGGCCAUAUGCCUAUUUGAUGAGUGUGCCACGCUUCCUAUGGUGGGAGCGUAGUGUGGUAUCGUUCUGGUAUCUCUACUCACCAUCGCAGGAGUUAGAUGCCGUGAUUAUGGAAAUCAACAAUUCGUUUGAUGAAAAACGCAACGUCAUUUUCCAACUCAAACCUGAAUCUGACAAGACUUUGGCGGAAAUUGACGACUCCGAGAGAGAGCCAAUAUAUCUUGACAAGAAGAAGAGUGUUAUGUCGCUUCCUUCAAUGUCCAGUGCGAGAUUUUACAAGGGUGUUUUCGAAAAACGCAUCUUUGCAUCUCCAUUUGAGAGGGUUGAAGGAUCAAUUUCCACUCGGUUCAUUGAUCCCCUUCAUAUAUCAUUGCACAAGCCCACUGUCUCUAUUGCCAAAGUUGCUUCCACCGGCCUGGCAGGGGAAAGUAGAAUGGUGACCAGCAUUAGCUGCAAGGAACCCCCUAUAGACCCUGUCAAUGUGACUACAGCCCAUUUGGCUAAGCGGAUUUUCCUGUGGACAUUCCCUAGUACUUUGACGACUCCCCGGAUUAUCUACCAGGCUCUCAAGUUCCAGUAUGUUCAGGGUGUGAUGCACAUGAUGGAUCGACCUACGAUCCAACCAGGCAGUGUCGCGCGCCAUCCGACCUCAAUAGAGAGGAGAAUUGAGCCGUUUUGGCGUGCAUUCCUAUCCCGAUGUGUCGAGAGUUUCCCCGAACCGUUAGAACUCACAUACAUUCCCAGCACAUCAAUAUCCAAUGAUCAUGUUUACUUCAAAUCGCCUGCUUCUGGUAUGAGAUUACCUGGGACGGUCAAAUAUCUUACUGUAGAGGUAGUUGAUCCCGGUUUCUACGCGCGAAUAAUCAACUACCCUCAUAUUUGGGAAGGCAUCUCGUGUGAACAGGAGCAGAAACGGAGCUAUGCGGAUGAUACAUCCAGUCCCCUCGUUGUAUCAGAUAUCCAGCUUCUCCAUACUUUAGUCUUCUCUUUCCAGAAGAAGAUGGCACCCAUUCCAGUCGAGUCAGGGUUGACUCUGACAAAUAUCCUUGCCUGGUGCCGUGGAUCGAGGAGUCAGAUGGACUCUUUCGUACUAUCUUCGACAGCCCCGUUCCUCCAUCCCCGCUACACAGAUGAGUAUGGAUAUUUCAAUCUUGGGAAUUACCGCACUUCAAUCUCUUUACUCUUGAACCACUCCAUCUCCCCCUACCGCUCAUGUAUCCCAUACAUCCCUCGUGUUUUACUCUACAACCAACGAUAUACAAUGGAUGUCUCAUUUGAAGUCUACCGCGGUUCACCUAGUGGUCAGAUUAUAUCGGAUACCACAACCCGAAUACUAGGACCCAACGAGGUCUAUAUUGAAAUCACCCACUCGGGAAUCUGUGGUUUCCUCAAAUCAACCCAGGUACUCGGUCAUGAAGGCGUGGGAAUUAUCAGACGUCUGGGUUCAAACGUGACCAAAGUCAAGGUUGGCGAUCGCGUUGGGUUUGGAUAUGUGCGCAAGGUCUGCGGUGCCUGUGAUAACUGUGGAAUUGGCUGGGAUCAAUACUGCCGGAGUGCCAGAAAUUACGGUGUAUGUGACUUUGACGUCGGCACCUUCAGUCACGGCACAGUCUGGGACGCUAGUUGCGUCUUUCCUAUCCCAGAUGGCUACUUAUCCGAAGAUGCUGCACCUCUUAUAUGUGCUGGGGCCAUGGUAUGGAACUGCCUGAGCCAUUUUGGGGUUUGGUCAACAAAUCGAGUUGGCAUCAUGGGUGUUGGGGGCCUGGGCCAUUUGGCUAUCAAACUUGCUGCCGAGAUGGGAUGUCAAGUUGUGUUUCUGUCUCGAUCCAGCGAUAAGAAAGAGGAUACGCUGCAAUAUGGUGCAGAGGAAUUCCUGGAUCAUAUUGACCGCUUCUCAUUUCGUCCGCUAAAGCAUUUGUUACUCUGUGGAAGUCACUUGGGAGACCUGGGAUUGUGA